GGCAGUAGUAUUCCCCAAGACCUGUAAACACACUGUAAUAAUAACAUCGUAAGUUUGGUGGAUUCCCUUUACAACAAUUAAUCAAAAAGAGUUUUACAUUUAAUGAUUAACUGUAAGGGUGUGAAGUAACUACAGUAGCAUUAUUGUUAUGUUACUCUAUGAAGAGGCUUUAAGUCAUUGAUUCAGUUGUUUCUGUUUGGUGAAACUUUAUAUAUUUCCUCAGCAUCUGUUUUCUGAGGAGAUUAUUGUAAUUUCUAUCAUUUCUCAUUUUUAACAUCCACAUAUAUCACACAUAUUUGUCAGAUUCGUCAGUGAUUUACAGUAGAUUCUUAGAGACACCAGGCUUCAGCUGACUGUUGAUGCAUCUUCUUUCCCUUCAUUCUCUUUAGCUAAAUCUGCACCUUCUCUUAUUCCAGCAGCUGCAGUGAUUGACUGGUGCACGUUGUCCUGACUUGUGAUCUUUAACAACACAAAUUAACGACUAUCUGUUAAGGUAAACAGACCUGCGCAGUAUAAAGUUUGCGCUGAGGGCUUGUGCGUAAUGCGCACACUUGGUAAAGGAAACAGCAGCUCCAAGAAAAGAAACGGGCCGGCAGAUUUUCACAGUUUGCUGCACUAGUAUAAAGAUCAGCGCAAUGUUCAUUCAUGUGGGCUGUGCUUACUCAACCUCGACUAACAGCUGUCUUCACUACAGCUUCACGAGUCUUGGUGGCGGCUUUUAUAAUUCUACAGAAAACCAAAAACAGAACAGCCUGUUUUGGACCAUUUGGAAAAUGGAAAACGGUCAAUAUGUAAUAAUUAGAUUGAUAUUUUGAAGACCUUUCUCCUUAUUCGGAGCGGAGCGCAGUAUAAAAGAGCAGCCUGGGCGUUAUUGAUUGGCUCAUCCACCCUCAGUGAGGCUGAGGUCCGUGUGCAGACUCCCUCCAGCUAAUGUGCGUCUAUCUGGGAGCCAAUCCGUGGCACCAGUCAGACUCGGUGAGUCGCUUUAAGACCAUCAGUGCUAUGGCACCAUCACAUCCUCCGACCACUGGAUCCUCUGCACUUUAGUGACAGCGCGCCACUAGGGGAAUCAUUUUACGCACGAGCACUGGCUGUGGCGGACUCUCCUCUCCUGUUGCGCCAUGGAGAACUCCAGCCUGUUGGGUGGCGACGCACGAAACGCUGGCUUGAUUGACUUUGUUAUGUCGGACACUUUGAAACAAGUUGUGGAUUCUCCGGAGGACAGUGUCAUCGCUGGAUUCAGUAGUGCCAUCUUCCUUGACGGCAGCAGAUUCCGGACUGUCGGUGUUGCUGAGUUUAUGGCCGCUCCGCCGACGGAAUCCCCCCACCUGAUGCCCGCCUUCUGGGAUUCCCCGCUCAGUCACGGAAUCAAUGUGUUUGUGGGACUUGUUCUGUGUUUCACCAUGCUGGGGUUGGGCUGCACGGUGGAUGUCAGUCAGCUCGGAGAACAUAUCCGCAGACCCAUCGGGGUGCUGCUGGCACUGGUGUGUCAGUUUGUUAUCAUGCCCUUGGUGGCCUUUCUGCUGGCUUUAGCCUUCUCUCUGGGCGAUGUGGCUGCGAUGGCUGUGCUCCUCUGUGGCUGCUGCCCGGGAGGAAACUUAUCAAAUAUCAUGUCUCUGCUGGUGCACGGGGAGAUGAAUCUGAGCAUCAUCAUGACCAUAUCCUCCACUCUGCUGGCGCUCGUGCUGAUGCCGCUGUGUCUGUGGAUCUACAGCCGCGCCUGGAUCAACACACCUGUGGUCAACCUCAUGCCCUUCGGUGCCAUCAUCCUGACCCUGUGCAGCACCCUCAUCCCCAUCGGUUUAGGAGUGGUGCUGAGGUACCGCCACACGCGCAUAGCCGACAUUGUUUUAAAGGCCUCUCUGUGGUCUCUGCUGGUCACCCUCGUGUUGCUGUUCAUCCUCACCGGAGCGAUGCUGGGGCCGGACCUCCUGUCCACCAUCCCGCCCUCCGUCUACAUGGUGGCCAUCCUCAUGCCUCUGUGCGGUUAUGCGGCAGGCUACGGCCUGGCCGUGCUCUUCGACCUGCCUCCCAACAGCCGCCGGUCUGUCUCCUUGGAGACAGGAUGCCAGAACGUGCAGCUGUGCACCGCCAUCCUGAAGCUGGCCUUCCCCCCUAAGCUGAUGGGAGGGAUGUACAUGUUCCCUCUGCUGUACGCCCUGUUCCAAGCAGCCGAGGCCGGCAUUUUCAUCCUGGCUUACAGGAUGUACAGGAAGAAAGUCCUGCACAAACCCGACCCCAUGGGGGACGGCGAGGACAUAACAUAUCAGAGGUUUCACGACGAUGAGGACUUUGACACAUCCUACGGUGCCGUGACAGUGAGCGACCCAAACACCAUCAUGUUGGAUCCCUGUCCCCCCGAUCCAACCCCUGUUUAGUGUGUAAGGGGGGCAGAAUAAGACCUGCAGGUGGAUUCAUCACUCGUAAAGAAAAAAAACCUGGAGAUCAGGGAGGACUACGCAGGGAAAUCAGAAGGUUUAUCACUGACCUGACUGCUGAAAAAAAAAAAAAAAAGGUGCUUGAUGUCAUAAGCUUCGUCAUUCAUCUCUUGUCUCUAUGGGAUGAAAAACCUCAUGAUGUUUUAAACCAUGGCUGUGUUACCUGUAAAGCACUUUUCAUCAGCUUCACUUCGAUCUGUGAACGUGACAUUAACCAGUACAUCACACAGCUUCAGUUACACAACCUGUGUGUGUGUGUGUGUGUGUGUGUGUGUGUGUAAGAGAGACAUGUGACCAACAGUUAUUCAUUGCAGUGCCAAUUCAGUGUCGGAACAAAACAAAACAAAAAAAAAGUACAAUAUGUGUAUAUUAUAAACAAGUGUGUCAAGAGAAUAAAGUGUAUAGAAACCAAACUUGACGCUUGAACCUCUUCGUCACGUGUUUGCUGUGUUUGAGAGGAGAAAAAGGAAAACCACACCUGGUGAUAAUCAGGCCUGAUGGAGGGCUGCUGGUUUCCAAUCUGUUUAAAUAGCUACACCUACUCACCUU